CACUGCGCUUCCGUUGCCCAUGACACCGGAACGAAGUUCUGACAGCUGAUUCUCCAAUCAGUUCAUAUCCACUCCCCCCCUCCCCACACACACACACACACACACACAUAAAUAAGUAUUUUUGAAGUUAUUUACAGCCGGACGGGUCUCCUGUAGUCUCCGGGUGGAGUCGCACACGGCGCUUUGCACAGAGGAGGGCGGAUGAUUAUGGUGUAGCACACGGAGCGCGUUAGCUCUGAGACAGUAAGGCAUUUGAGAAGCAGUGCAUUGCAGCACAGCACAGCGUGGGGCAGAGUGAGGAACAUUACAGCAGCGUAGCCAUGCUUACAUUGGCCAGUAAGCUGAAGAGGGAUGAUGGAGGAAAGACGGGCCGUGCCUCUGGAGCCUCCGACUCCGCCCACAGGGUCUCCAUCAGGGACCGCCUCCUAACCAAAGAAGUUGCAGAACUUGAAGCCAAUCUCCCUAGUACAUGCAAAGCCAGUUUCCCAGAUGAGGACAAGCUACAUCAUUUUCAACUGGCAGUGUCUCCUGAUGAGGGUUACUACCAAAGUGGAAGGUUUCAGUUUGAAAUAGACGUCCCCGAAGCCUAUAACAUGGUGCCUCCUAAAGUGAGAUGUCUGACUAGAAUAUGGCAUCCUAACAUCACAGAAACUGGAGAGAUCUGUUUGAGCUUAUUGCGGGAGCACUCUAUUGAUGGCACAGGCUGGGCACCCACCAGAACAUUAAAGGAUGUGGUCUGGGGAUUGAACUCCUUGUUUACUGACCUGUUGAACUUUGAUGACCCGUUGAACAUUGAUGCAGCAGAACACCAUUUGAGAGACAAGGAGGAUUUCCGGAAUAAGGUUCAAGAUUACAUCAAGCACUACGCCAGAUGAUAGAAGCAUCGGCUACCUACAUCAGCCUGCACCAACCAACCAAACUGCUCUACCUUGCCUCUGCUUAUCUUGGCCAACUCCCUCCCCGCCCUACGUGUGUGAAUCAACAGCUGGGUCUCUCUCUCUCUCCACUCCCCUCCUCUCGCCACCACGGCCCCCACCCAUGCCCUGCAGUUCACCCAGUUGCAAUAAACUCCACAGUGCAGAAACUAAAUUUAAAAAAAAGAAACUAUGAAAUUAGAAAUUAUGCGUUUGAGCAAGGGCUUGCAUACAAAAGAAAAAUAUGCUUUAAUUAUCCUAAUCGAUUGAGUGUUGCAAUGACCACAAUGUCUGUUCCGUUGUGGCAAGAUCACUGAAUGACGCCGCCUCACUAUAAACCUGUCCGGAAACGAGCCAUGGCGAGGGAUUAGAUGUGAUGAUUCACCGGCGCAAAAAAAAAAAAAAAAAAACAUAAAAGGAAGUCACAUUCAGCUGUUGACUAAUCAAGAGAAAUAAUAUCUGUUACUAUCAGUUCUCUGUUCCAGUGCCUGCCAUGUUUGUGUCGCUAAAGAGAAAAAUGCAUGUGAGUUCACAACAUAUACACAUACAUAGACACACACACAGUGUCACAUCCUGUAGUAAAAGGUGAAUAGAUGCAUACACAGGCCCACUAGACAGCAUGUGAAUGGCCACAUUGUCGCGGUCUGUUGUCAUUCUCCUUGCAUGUGCACACACACGCACACACAAAGCUCACAUGCAGACCUUCUGUGUGUGUUUUCAGCUCCAAGUGGGAUAAAGUACGACUACUAAAACCACAGCCAAAUGUAUUGUACUGUUUUCAGCUUCACUUCGUCUCUGUGCCCCUGCCCUUCCUCUCCUCACUGUCCUUUUUUGUCCUCCCUCCAUCUGUCUCUGUUCCACACUCACACACACACACACACACACACACACAACCACACACACAACCACAUGCACUUUUUCCCAUUGAUGAUUGAGAGGUUUAUUUGUACUUACAGUGCAGUCAGAAAGUACUGUGACAGUGACACAUUUUUGGUGGGUUUGCUCUGUACCUGUGCACAUUUGGUCCAGUGUGUAGGAUUUAGUGGCGUCACGCGGUGUAGUUGCAGAUAGCAACUCUGUCACUUCACCCUUCCCUUCCAAACACAAAGGAGAAACUACAGCGGCUGUGAAACGUGUAAAAAAAAAAAAACGCAAUAAAACGUAAACACCCCAAUGUAGAGCCAGUGUUUGUCCAUUCUGGGCUACUGUAGAAACAUGGCGUUUCAACAGAAAGGACUCCACGGAAGGCGACCCUCAAUGUCUAUACAUAUAAACAGCUUAUUCUCAGUGAACAAAAACACAAUCAUUGUUAUUUUCAGGUGAUUAUUCACUAAUGAAAACAUACCUAUGAAUAUUAUAUCCAGUUUGUGCCAUUAGAGCCUCCUAAAUGUUUCACACUGGACCUUUUAAAAUGAAGCAAUGACUGCACGUUUAAAAGACUGAUUUAGAUUGAAUUUUACAUCCAGAACAAAUAAAACAGUGUAGGAAUUGUUUCUCUUUUUGUUCAUAGUCCCCCGGGUUUAAUGGACAAAGAUAUCUGUAUCAAAACAAUGUGAACAGGGUUUGUUUGUAGUGAUGAACCUGCAGAGAAUUAUCAUCUGAAUCUUCAGCUCUGCUUGGCUUUACAGAGCCAUAUAUCGUCGGUCUGCAUGUUCAGGAUCGUUGUCCUAAAAUUUGGGGAUUACUACGAGUCCCACACUGUUCACCCAACGUGGAUGUGAACACCUUAAAAUACCCUUAAAGCAGAAAGUCAGCCAUUUAACCUCACAGUCAUUGUUUCAUUUCAUUGUGAGCGUGCUGCAGUAUGGAAUAAAAUACAUUGCGCUGUCCCAAGACUUUCUAACGGCACGGUACAUCCCCUCUCACUCUGGUUGCUGUGGGAGAUUUCCCAAGCUGACAUGUGGAGUGUGUCGGUCUAAAAGGACAGUACUCAGUUUUCUCUUUCUUUCUUUCUGUGUGUGUGUGUGUGUGUGUGUGUGUGUGGACUGUGUGUGUUUUCACUGAGUUUUGAGAAGUCAGUAGCAGAGAUUCAUGAAGGCAACUCAGAUAGCAAGCCAACUAGCUGAAGAAGUGAGUGAGCGUACCUUUUCUUCUCAUCAAGUAUGUGUGGUACUUGAAGCUCAGACAUUGGGGCAGGCUAACCUAGGCUAAGCUAAUAGGUUAAAAAAAAGCGACAUGACACUGGAGGUGAUGCACUAGACGCACUGUGGACAGGUUUGGGGUACUGAAACAAAGACGACGUAGCUCACUUCGUCGGCACGCUUGCCAGUGGAACAGCUUGCUCACUAUGCUGCUCAUUAGCUCACUCGUAUAGGAGCUAGCUGCUGGAUUUCGGGACAGCUCUGCUAAUAUUGAGCUAACCAGAUAACCUCAAACUGUCUUUACGAACCUCUGCUAUUGUGGAUGUUGGCCAUAAAAUGCCUGGUCAUUUUGUGUGUGUGUGUGUGUGUGUGUGUGUGUUAUACAGAGAAAGAAAGAGACUGUCACUCAGUUAGCCGGUGAGGGCGUGGCGUCCGUAUGCGUGUGAGCGCUGUGCCUCCAGUGUGAGUCGUAUCUCUGAACAUUAAGACUGUUCUCUCUCGCUCCUUUCAGAUUUGUGUUCACACGUCUGCAUGAGGCAAAGUCUAUGUGAUCCAGCCAGUAGUGCAUUUUAAUAAGGAUGUCAGAAAUGUGGUUGUUGAAGAGUGAAAUUUUACAUUGGAGAUGUGUGUGAUGGAUGCGUGCGAGAGUUUGUGCUUGUUGAGCGUGUGUGUGUGUGUGUGUGUGUGUGUGUGUGUGGGCAGUUACAGUAUGACAUGUUGAAAUGAUGUGAUUUGUUAGCAUGCUCUGGUUCCCUCUUUUCUUUGUUAUUCUGGCCCAGGGUUCAGCAGCUCGAAUUAUUUCUGUUUUCAUGGUGAAAGUAAACAGAACAACAGACGACACUGGCUUCUGCCAAAAUAAAGGACCUGAGAAUAUGACAAAUACCAGGUCCAAUGAAAGCGAAUGUGAAUGUGGGCGUUCCAUGGCGUUUUCCUGCCUGGUCUUGGUCCACUCAAACCGUAAAAGGCUAAUGCAACUGCCUAUUAAUAUAAAGCCAUCCUGUGUGAUCGCCAUGGCAGUUAUUUGUCGUGGUAGUAGCUGCCUCCAGGAUAUGGUAGCCCAAUACUCUGUACUUAAUCUUAGCCUUACUAAUACUCUGAUUUUAGCUUCCUAUUGGACAGCUUGUCAUACGUCCUUUAAUUUGGCAGUUAGCAGUGUUUUGUUUUUGUUUGUUUCCCCCCAGGAUGUUAUUGGGGAAUGUCUCUGCUUGGGCUAAGUCCAUCUUCGGGCCAUGGGAGGAAGAUUAACAACCUGUUCUUCUUCAAAUCCUCAACUUUUUCUUUCUCAGAUUGUAUAUCCAUUUUUUAAGAUAUAUUAAAGAGAAUAUAAAUAAAA